AUGAACUUUUCUACCGCGUUAAGACUCAAUGACGUCGACGACUACAUUGCACCAGCUCAGUCAUGCAUCAAACCUGUGAAGGUUCCCACCUCAUUCAAACCUACCUCGAUAACCAUCGGCGAUGACGGUUCUUACGUAGCAACGGACACUGAUGGUCGCAGGCACCUCCUCCCGAAGGCCAAGAUUGAUCUGAAUGACUGUCUCGCCUGCACAGGAUGUAUAACUACGGCCGAAACUAUCCUCAUCUCACAGCACAGUGUGUCCACCUUCAUGGAAGCCCUUCGCCCCAAUGGAGUAGGUACCCGGUCAGAUUUUCUAGCCCAUUUCUCAAGUCCUUGCCUCCCGAACGUCAAGUCUGCGUGGCUCUAUCUCCACAGUCCAUCGUCAGCCUCUGUACGACCCUACAGGCCGAUUCUGUUGACUUUCCUCGACUAA